CGACAGUCCCACCUUAAAAAAAACGCGGCGGCGCGGCCGUAUAAAAAACCCCUCCGUACUCUGCGUCGUCGGCCAUCGUCUUCGCUUGAAAUUUCAGAGCUCCGACCAUUCAACUGGACUCGUUUUUAUUCCUCAGAUUUCUGCUUCCUUCCCCACAAUUCUCAAGCAUGAAGCUCGGCUCAAGGCGUCGGCAUCGUCAAAACGAGCUUUUCUGGCCGCGAGUGGUGAUGAGAAAGUGGCUCAACAUCAGCAACAAAGGUUCGGAUUAUAGCGCCGAUUCCGAGUCCGAGCUCGCAUCUGACUCGGACUGUGAUCCAGAUUUCUGCGAGUUUCCGAGGAAGUCGAGGCUUAAGGAUGAAAGUGGCUGCGAAGUUGAGAUGGAUGCUAAUGAAACAGUUCACAGGAUGAGAAGAAGAAAAUCAGAGACAUUCAGGGCACAAUACAUAAGUACAAAGGAAAUCAGAGUAUGCGUUGGCACAUGGAACGUUGGAGGAAAAGUUCCUUCAGAUGAUCUUGAUCUUGAUGGUUGGCUAAAUAUUGAGGAGCCUGCUGAUAUAUAUGUGCUCGGCUUUCAAGAAAUAAUUCCCUUAAAUGCUGGAAAUGUCUUAGGCGCUGAAGACAGUCGCCCAAUCCCAAAAUGGGAAAACAUCAUCCGAGAAUCUCUCAGUAAAAUCCCAUCCGGGAAUAAGAUCAAAUCUGUUAGUGGUCCUCCUUCUCCGUCAAGGACCUCAAGGUUUAAGUGGUCCGAAGAUAUCCAUGAUAUUGAAGAUGAAACUUUAUUAGAGACUGAUAGUGAUGAGGGAGAGGAAGAAAUUGUUCCAUUGGAUGAAGCACUUAAUGAACACGUUGAAGUCAAUUAUGGGAAUAAAUCUGGCAGUGAUAUGCUUGCAAUUGAAAGGCAGUUUUCUUUACCAAAAAGAAUUGACAGAUUAUAUUGCUUUAGACCUGAAGAGUGGGAUGGAGAUGCAGAGGAAUCAAAUAUCCAAUUUGGAAAGAAACUAACCAAAACACUUAGUGUUACAGAGAAGAUUGGCCUAUGUUGGCCCGAGCCACAACUUGAUAUUCUGCCUCGGGAUAUUUUUGAAAGACCUAAUUCCUUCAAAUCAUUGAAUUCUUUCAAUGUUUCACGCUCUUUCAGAAGACACGGGUCCUUUAACUCCACUGUAAAUGGCCAAAAUAAAUUGCAGUAUGAUGUAGCCCUACUUGGAGAAAUCAAUCUUGAAUCGUUAAUAAAACAGAAAAGAAGGCCCUCAUAUGUGAGGAUUAUUAGCAAGCAAAUGGUUGGCAUUUUCUUGACUAUAUGGGUUCGCCGAGGCUUACGAAAACAUAUCCGGAACUUGAACGUUUCUACUGUUGGCGUUGGUGUAAUGGGCUAUAUAGGAAAUAAGGGGUCAAUCUCGGUUAGCAUGUCUAUACACCAAACCCUUGUCUGUUUUGUCUGUUCUCACCUAUCAUCAGGCGAGAAAGAAGGGGAUGCAGUAAAAAGAAAUGCGGAUGUGCGUGAAAUUCAUAGGAGGACACAUUUCAAUGCAUAUUCUACUAUUGGACUUCCUAAAAGUAUCAAUGAUCACGAUAAGAUAAUCUGGUUGGGUGAUUUAAAUUAUCGUAUCAAUUUAUCAUACGAGAAAGCACGGGAGCUAAUCUCCAAAAAAGAGUGGUCUAAGUUAGCUGAAAGUGAUCAGCUUAGAAGAGAACUGAAAAAAGGGCACGUUUUUGAUGGAUGGGAUGAAGGUAUUGUAAACUUCGCACCCACUUAUAAGUAUGAUAUAAACACAGAUGUUUAUCAUGGAGAGGAUCCAAAGUCUGGAAGGCGUACUCCAUCCUGGUGUGACCGCAUUCUUUCAUCUGGGAAGGGAAUGCGGCAACUAAACUACGACAGAUCUGAUAUUAGGCUUUCUGAUCAUCGGCCGGUGAAAGCCUCUUAUAUUGUAGAGGUUGAAAUGUUCUGUCCCAGAAAAUUGCAACGUGCCCUAACUUUUACGGAUGCAGAGGUUGACAAAGAGGAAAUAGUUACAGAAGCAGGAAUUGGCAGUGGAAUCGGCCGAUUUAUGACAGAACAGAAUGCUCUGCUAUGGAGGAUCUAGUAGAGGGUAAAACGACACUCAUGACUCCUUUGUCCCAAGACGCAACCAACAGAUACUUUGCUUGGGUACUUAUGAUUCUUUUAUUCGAUAUAAUUGUCAGUUUAUAUAGUGCACAAGUUGGUGUAGCUGCUGUGAAUGUUGUUAGUUUAAGUAAGUUCUAUUAUUCCACUUUUAGGCUUGAGUUGAAGGCAUUUAAUCCAAUCAUUAGUAUGCCAUGGCUGUAUUUAUCUUCUCCAUUUUGAGACAAUCAUUGAUUAAAUGUAAAUAGAGGUGAUGUAUGCUAGGAAUAAUUUUGAAAUAUUAUG